CUCACCCUAGUCCAUGCACAGCGAGACACGCGAAGCAAUGCGCAUUGCACAGCGACUUUUGUUUUAGAACAAAGGACUUUCUUUAAGAAUGCGCAAUGUCUUAUUUCGCACCUGUGCCCGUAAUCACUGGACUCGUCGUAAACAGAAGGAAGUCGUUCGAGUUCGAAUUUUUAAAAAAUGAAUCUCUUUGCUCUACAUUAUCCACAGACCGUCUAAAAACUUAAAAGUGCUAGCCGUUUGACAACCGUCUUGAAAGUUCACGCUUAUCUAUCUGUGAAAGAGCUUAAAAUUCUCCCCACCCCUCCCCUCUUCGCACUUUCCAUCUUUAUCUUUAUACCCCCCACCUCCCCUUCACCUUUCCCCCAGUUCGCCCUUUCCAUCUUUAUCUUUUGCGAUGUGUAGCGAAGUGGCACUCGUGAGGACAACAGCAUGAUUCUAUACUAAUGGACAACACAUCGGUCAGGUGAUGUCAGUUACUUAAGUUACUCCGACUGUGAUAAGCAGCUCUCGCCUUAUCUGAACCUGAACCUAUAAAAGGGUUGAGUUACGGAUGUACGGGUGUCACUCAGCGAGAGUACCCUCAGCUUGGCGCGUUCACAGAAGUUCGGUCAGCAGUCCGUCCCUUCGACCACUAGUCAACCCACAGAUCUGUCGAGCAAAGUACACAUCUCCCAACUGGCCCUAACAUAACAAAGUUAAAGUUAAAGCAAGACCGCCUUUGAAAUAUCAUUAUUCAGCUCUGUGAUCUUUGGCUGACGAUACUGACCGCACGUCAUGGCGAACGUUGUGAACAUGACGAUAGCAACUGCGCUUCUGUGCCUUGUCUUUUCCCUUGCUUCACGGUCAGACGCUCUCCCGCAUAACCCCGAGGAUGCAAGGACGCUGGUUCAAACCCUUUUUGAGAAAAUUGCCGAGGAGCAGGUGCAGACCGACAUCCCUUUCAAACCUUUCAAACACUUCGGCAAGAAGAAAGGCGCGUACAACAGCGAGGUCAAGCUCAACUUCCAUGGCAACCUGGAGAUGGCGGAAAUUCGUCGAAUGUUGAACGUCUUCGACAACAACAUGUUCGUCACAGCCUGGGUGACGUCAUCACUUCUUGAGGCCUCGCGACACGAGGACGCACCCGUCCCGUCCGACCAUCAGCUAGAUCUCGCGCUCAAAGGUGCCAUAGAAAUGACGUAUGGUAUGCCUAUCGAAGAAAUAGAGAAAAUCUUGGAGAGGCUUGGAUUCAAACAACUGGCAAAAGACAUUGAGUCAAUACUGGAGGAAAGGGAAACAUUCGCCCGGGCCUUUCACAUCCCGCCAGACUUUGACGACACGUUCGUGAACCUGGGCCUGGGAUCGCUGCUGUACCAGAUGAAGGACACGAUCCCUGGGGCUUGGGAGAUUUGGUCAAGCCAGAACACCAAUAUCUCCUCAGCAAAUAUACUUAAACACUACGUCGCUGAUCACCUAUGCUCUGAAGAACAACAUGAUUAACCGACCUGACCUGGUCCUGACGUACUAUCCCUCGCAGCGGGAGUUCGACUGGUUUGUGUCCAGGACUUUUUCAGAAAUCGUCACUGCUCGGAAGAAAGGACCUUUACCACACUCGAUGUCCCCGAAAAUGUCAGGGAAACGAUAGCUGGGUGCAUCAACUGGCUGACGCAUCACACGCUGGAUGGAAAUUACGAUCCGUGGAACGCGUUCUUCUCUGGCUCAGCCAAAGGUUUCUCUUAUUCAUAUUUCAAACGAACAGACCAAAGCAGUUUUUCAUAAAUUUAAUGGCAGUGGAAGGACUACUGAAAAUUUCAUGCAAUUGAAAAGUGCAGUAUUUGUUGCUUGCUUUCAGUGCAGUGCAUAUGUUUAUGUCGCGAAUGUUAACAAUAAUAUUUUUGGAAAUAUUAUGCUACGUGUUAUGGGGCCAUGAUGAAUUGCAGUGUUGAAAAUUUUGGCCUAUAGUCUGCUUUGGUUAGAUUCAACGUUAUAACAGGGUAAACAAUUAACGUGAAAUAACACAUACUGAGUUCUCGUUUUGAAUUAAGAACAUGUUGAAAAUCACAAGUGUAUUUGCUGUGUCUGAAAAUUUACUUUUGUGAUUUGGCGAGAGACAACUUUUAGAUGAAAAAAAAAUACGCAAAGCUAUACAACAUUGUGUGAUGUAAAACCAAAUGAGUUUUUUUUUUUUGGGGGGGGGGGUCUUUCUAUUUCCAGUUCAAAGAUGAGUACGUUUUCCUUGUGGUUGUUCAGUGUAUUUAUGUGGAAACAAGACAUCAGGUCUUAAUCAAGGAGCAUUCCUGAAAGAUAUUGAUUGUCCCUCUCGGGUUCGAACCUUAAAUUUCCGCAUGCGGAAUAAACUAGAUACCAGCUGUA